AUGGAAAAGAGACUCAUGCAUGCUGUUCAGUACAAUGCCUAUGGUGGAGGAUCCAAUGCCUUAAAGCAUGUCGAAGUUCCCAUACCCAUUCCUAGUAAAGAUGAGGUUUUGAUAAAAUUGGAAGCAGCUAGUAUAAAUCCACUUGAUUGGAAAAUACAGAAAGGCACUCUGUGGCCAAUUUUGCCUACCAAAUUUCCAUAUAUACCAUGUGUGGAUGUAGCAGGAGAGGUCAUGGAGGUUGGUAAAGGUGUUACAAAGUUCAAAGUUGGUGACAAAGUUGUAGGCUCAAUGAGUCCCUUUAGUGGUGGAGGACUAGCUGAGUUUGCUGUUGUAAAGGAGAGUGUCACAGUCUCAAGACCACCAAAAAUGUCAGCAUCUGAAUUCGCCGGCUUACCUGUUGCCGGUAUAACAGCUCUCCAAGCACUUUCCCAAUCAAUAGGAAUCAAACUCGACGGAAGCGGUGAACGGAAAAACAUCUUGAUCACUGCAGCAUCAGGUGGUGUAGGCCACUAUGCAGUUCAGUUGGCGAAAUUGGGAAACACUCAUGUGACGGCCACCUGCGGUGCUCGAAACAUGGAAUUGGUCAAAAGCUUAGGAGCUGAUGAGGUGAUUGAUUAUAAGACACCAGAUGGUGCUGCAUUAAAGAGUCCAUCUGGUAAGAAAUAUGAUGCAGUGAUCCAUUGUGCAAAUGACUUUCCAUGGUCAAUUUUUGAGCCUAAUUUAAGCAUGAAUGGUAAGGUUGUAGACAUAAGUCCUACACCUGGUUCAGUCAUGAGUUUUGCUCUUAAGAAACUUACCUUCCCCAAAAAACAACUUGUGCCAUUGUUUUUACUUCCAAAUUGUAGGGAUCUUCAAUAUCUUGUUGAUUUGGUUAAGCAAGGAAAACUUACAACAGUUAUUGACUCCAAGUAUCCUAUAACAAAAGCUGAAGAUGGUUGGGCUAGAAGUAUUGAUGGUCAUGCAACUGGAAAGAUCAUUUUUGAGUUCUAA